AUGGCGUUAUGUGUAAAGCUUUUGUCAUUUAUAAACUGGGGGUUAUGUGAUUGGAUUAAUGACCAUUUGGACUAUAUUUUCCUGAUGGACGGGUACGACACUGCGGCUCCAGACACCUACGACACUACGGCUCCAGACACCUACGACACUACGACUCCAGACACCUACGACACUACGGCUCCAGACACCUACGACACUACGGCUCCAGACACCUACGACACUACGGCUCCAGACACCUACGGCUCCAGACACCUACGGCUCCAGACACCUACGGCUCCAGACACCUACGGCUCCAGACACCUACGGCUCCAGACACCUACGGCUCCACGGCUCCAGACACCUACGACACUACGGCUCCAGACACCUACGGCUCCACGGCUCCAGACACCUACGACACUACGGCUCCAGACACCUACGGCACCAGACACCUACGGCACUACGGCUCCAGACACCUACGACACUACGGCUCCAGACACCUACGGCUCCACGGCUCCAGACACCUACGACACUACGGCUCCAGACACCUACGGCUCCAGACACCUACGGCUCCACGGCUCCAGACACCUACAGCUCCAGACACCUACGGCUCCAGACACCUACGGCUCCAGACAGCUACGGCUCCAGACAGCUACGGCUCCAGACACCUACGGUUCCAAACACCUACGGCUCCAGACACCUACGGCUCCAGACACCUACGGCUCCAGACACCUACAGCUCCAGACACCUACGGCUCCAGACAGCUACGGCUCCAGACACCUACGGCUCCAGACACCUACGGCUCCAGACACCUACGGCUCCAGACACCUACGGCUCCAGACAGCUACGGCUCCAGACACCUACGGCUCCAGACACCUACGGCUCCAGACACCUACAGCUCCAGACACCUACGGCUCCAGACAGCUACGGCUCCAGACACCUACAGCUCCAGACAGCUACGGCUCCAGACACCUGCGGCUCCAGACACCUGCGGCUCCAGACACCUACGGCUCCAGACAGCUACGGCUCCAGACACCUACAGCUCCAGACAGCUACGGCUCCAGACACCUACAGCUCCAGACAGCUACGGCUCCAGACACCUGCGGCUCCAGACACCUACGGAUCCAGACACCUGCGGCUCCAGACACCUCCACAUGA